GCAUAUAUAGACUUCUCUGGUUCAGUUAAUCUCUUCUGAUUUCGUUGCUCGAGUACUCUACUCCUCAGUUCUGUCUUCACCUUCGUUCAUCAUCAAUGGCGGUCACCUUGUCAGACCUUCAUACUGAAUCUGGACUCAAGUCUCUCGAUGAAUUCCUUGCCGGGAAAUCUUAUAUCUCUGGAGAUCAUAUCACUAAGGAUGACAUAAAGGUGUACGCCGCCGUUUUGGAGAGGCCAGGAAGCGGCUUCCCCAAUGCAAGCAAGUGGUACGAGAGCUUGUCUUCACAUCUUGCCCCAAGCUUCCCGGGAAAAGCUGUUGGAGUGAGAAUAAGUGGAAAUAGUCUUCCAGUUGAACAUGCCCCAGCCAAAGAGGCUGCAUCUGCUAAGGAUGAGGAUGACGACGACGACUUGGACCUCUUUGGUGAUGAGACUGAGGAGGACAAGAAGGCAGCAGAGGAGAGGGAGGCAGCUAAAAAGCCAACCAAGAAGAAAGAGAGUGGCAAGUCUUCUGUUCUUCUGGAUGUGAAACCUUGGGAUGAUGAAACAGACAUGAAGAAAUUGGAAGAGGCAGUUCGCAGUAUUGAGAUGCCUGGUCUAUUGUGGGGAGCAUCAAAGCUGGUACCAGUUGGUUAUGGAAUCAAGAAGUUGCAGAUCAUGAUGACAAUUGUUGAUGAUCUUGUAUCCGUCGAUACCCUUAUCGAGGAGCGCCUCACAGUGGAGCCUUGCAACGAAUACAUUCAGAGUUGUGACAUUGUCGCCUUCAACAAAAUCUAAAAACUUGAGUUAUUUUACUUAGCUCUGUAACUUUAUCAUCUAUUUUCCCCUCAUAUUUAUUCACCUUGUUGUUCGUUUGGCUUGUUGUUCUGGUGGUUCUGUUUUACUGAUUCAUGAGAGUUGAAAGAUAUUGAACCACCUGGUCAGUUUUGCUAUGUGGACUGUGUUUCUUGUCUUAGUCCUUUUGGGGUUUUAGGUAAUAUAGUUAAAAAAUUGCAGAGACAUGUUUGGUAUGGUGGUUAAAAAGGUUUCCAAAUGGUAUUCACAUAACUUUUUUUCCCAA